UCUGCUGUCCACUAAGGCUAUAGGAAGCUGACUCAGGAGUUGGGUGCGUGAUCACUGUCCCGACCUCCUGGCUUCAGGGAGCCUGAAGCUGCUUCUUCAAAGGAACAGAAUAAGCUAUUACCAGAGAGCCUUCCAGAGAAGACUUGGCAAAUCUGACCAUGCGUUGGCUGUGGAAACUUGAGCGACUCUGCACCUUGAGGGCCCCUGGGAUAUCCACCCGCCCUCUCCAUGUUAGUGUCAGGCAACGGACGUCAGUGCCGUGGGGUCACCAGGAAGUGCCUGCCAAGUUCAACUUUGCCAGCCAUGUAAUAGACCUGUGGGCCAGCAUGGAGAAGGCUGGCAAGCGACCUCCCGGCCCAGCCCUGUGGUGGGUGAAUGGCAAAGGGGAUGAAGUGAAGUGGACCUUCAGAGAACUGAGUGAAAUGAGUCAGCAGGCGGCCAAUGUCCUCUUGGGGCCCUGCAGUCUGCAGCGUGGGGACCGCGUGGCAGUAGUCCUGCCCCAAGUCCCUGAGUGGUGGCUGGUGACCCUGGGCUGCAUGCGAGCAGGCCUCGUCUUUAUGCCUGGAGCUAUCCAGAUGAAAUCCAAAGACAUCCUCUACAGGCUCCAGGCAUCUAAAGCCAGGGCCAUUGUGGCUGGGGACGAAGUGGCCCAUGAAGUGGACGCUGUGGCAUCUGACUGUCCUGCUCUGAGACUCAAGCUACUUGUGUCUGAGAGAAGCCGGGAUGGGUGGCUGGACCUUAAGACAUUACUGAAAGAGGCCUCUACUACUCAUCACUGUGUGGAGUCAGGAAGCCAAGAAGCGGCUGCCAUCUACUUUACCAGUGGAACCAGUGGCCUCCCCAAGAUGGCGGAGCACUCCCACGCCAGCCUGGGGCUCAAAGGCAAGAUGGAUGCUGGCACAUGGACUGGCCUGCAACCCUCUGACCUAAUCUGGACCAUAGCAGACACAGGCUGGAUGGUGAACAUUUUGACUACACUUCUGGAACCUUGGGCUUUGGGAGCAUGUACAUUUAUACAUCUCUUGCCAAAGUUUGACCCACAGACUGUUUUAAAGGUGCUGUCCAGCUAUCCCAUCAACAGCAUGGUGGGUGCCCCCCUUGUUUACCGGAUGUUGCUACAACAGGAUCUUUCCAGUUAUAAAUUCCCACACCUAAAGAACUGCUUCACUUCAGGGGAAACCCUGCUUCCACAAACUCUGCAGAACUGGAAGGCCCAGACAGGAAUGGACAUCCGAGAAUUCUACGGCCAGACAGAAACGGGGCUGACCUGCAGAGUUUCCAGCACAAUGAUAGUCAAGCCAGGCUACCUGGGAACAGCUUCUCCCUACUAUGAUGUGCAGGUCAUAGAUGAUGAGGGCAAUGUCCUGCCACCCGGCAGAGAAGGAGACAUAGCCAUCAGAGUCAAGCCCAUCAAGCCUUUGGGCAUCUUCUCUGGCUACGUGGACAAUCCCAAGAAGACAGCAGCCAACAUUCGAGGGGAUUUUUGGCUUCUAGGAGACCGAGGAAUAAAGGACCAAGAUGGGUAUUUCCAAUUCCUGGGCCGGGCAGACGAUAUCAUUAACUCCAGCGGGUACCGGAUUGGGCCCUCGGAGGUGGAGAACGUGCUGAUGGAGCACCCCGCAGUGGCUGAGGUGGCUGUGGUCAGCAGCCCCGACCCCGUGCGGGGAGAGGUGGUGAAGGCUUUUGUGGUGCUGACCCCACAUUUCCUGUCCCAUGACAAGGACCAGCUCACCAGGGAACUGCAACAGCAUGCGAAGUCAGUGACGGCCCCAUACAAGUACCCCCGGAAGCUGGAGUUUGUCUUGGACCUACCCAAGACCAUCACAGGGAAAAUCUCCCGAGAAAAGCUUCGAGCCAUGGAGUGGAAGACAACCAAGAAACCCCAGGCCCAGUGAGAUUCCAAGAGCUCUCAUGGGAGUUCUCUUCAUCAUCCCCUUUCCUUUCCCUUUGGCUCCUCAGCCUUCCUGUGAGGAUGAGAUUCUUCCUCAUAAAAGAUGCAUGUGACUUUUGUCUUUCCUUGGUCAUUAGCCCAAAACAUUCCCAUGAAAGUUGAAAGAAGAAAGGAGAGGAGGGAGGAAAAGAGACAGAGACAGAGAGAGAGAGAGAGAGAGAGAGAGAGAGAGAGAGAGAGAGCACACUCAGGGGCAGGAGUUAAUGAGUAACAGAGAGAAAUUAUUAAGAGAAAGAUUGAAACAGCAAGGGAAAACAAUUGAAAAAGAAAGGCAGGGAGGAAGUGACAGAAGGAGGAACAAAUGAAAAUGGAAUAAAGGGAGGAAGAAAAGAUAGAAUUGGAGAGAAUUGGAAAAAGGAAAGGAGAAAGAGAGAGAAUGUGAGAUCAACACAUUCGAGUCAUCUCCAUGUCACCAAACCUUGGAGUUACCAUGACCAGAGGCAGGGAAGCACCAGAGCUCUGUCCUAGAUUCAUUAUAAAGCAUCUUGCUUUCUCUCCGCGAGGCAUCUACAGGCCUCAGAUCACAGCUGUGGACACAAUGUAAGCACCUCAAAAAGUCAGUCACCAUGGCUCAUGAUUUCAGGCUGUCUACUCGUCCAAGAUAAGUAAUGAAGUCACUUGAAAGUCAAGACCCUGAGGAUAGUCUUUGGGGAGGGCAAAAAAAGGCGGGGCUGUCUCUCUCCAAUAGCUUGUGGCUGGGGAACACACGGACAUAGGCUGGACAGGGUGCUGCGGAGGGAGAACUACAAGCUCAGCCCCUGGCACGUCUGAAACACUGGGUGCAAGGGUCCAGGAGAGAGGCAGAAAUGAGGACUUGGAGUGUUUCCCUAUAACCCGGGGAUGAAAGACGAACCCUCCUAGCAGGACUGAGUAAGCAGAAGAAGAAAGCAAGGGUACUCUGAGAGCCUUUGACUCUUGCCCCUGAGAUGUUCAGUAAUGAUAAUAAUGAUAGGAAUGCUGAUUAUUAGCCAGUCACUAAGCGUUUGCCAAGAUAUAUGCGUUUACCAAGCCCACUUACAAUCACCUUUGAUUCAGGCACUUUUUCCCCUUUUUACAGAGGAAGUAACUAAGACUUGGCGAGAUUAAGUAACAGUCCCCAAAGUCACACAGCUGCAAAGGACAGAGCUGGGUUCUAACACAGGUCUAUCUGUGUACGCUAAGCUUUCAUUUUUUUAUAUUUACUUAUCACUGUGUUUGUCUUAGCUUUUGGCUAUUGACAAAGCGCUUUUCUUACAAUCUGAACUAGUCCACAGUCUCCAACAUGUCUUCCCCAAAAAUAUAUUUCAGAAAUUUUUCAGUUAAAUACAGUGUGGAAAAAGGAAGGGGGUACAUACCUUGUUGUUUAAUUAAACUUCAAUUGUUUAUUUUUAAAUAAACUACAAUAAAUUUUCAGAAGUCAGA